AGACAAAAAAAUAAUAUGAAAAUUCUUUGUCCUUUUCUCUCUCUUGCCCAUACUGCCCAAUUUCCCACUUUUCAUAAUUCAAGCCUGCCCAAACUGCCCCUAGUGGAAAAAACUUUCCCUCUCUUACAAGCACUCUCUCCCGCUUUCCCCUUCAUCUCUCUCUCUCUCUCCCCAAAAUUCCACUUUGCUUUGGAGUUUGGUCUCAUUUCACAAAUGGGUUUGUUUUGUUUUUAUUGUUUUUGUUUUACAUGUGUUCAUUGAUCCUUAAUACUAUGAUGUUUCAAUACCAUGAUGUUGUUCUUUUUUUUGUAUAGUGGAUAUGAUGAUGAGUUUCUUUGAAGAUAUGAAUUGUUGAAUUUUUUUAAUUAUUUUUAAUAUAAAGUUUGAGACUUUUUAUUAUGGAAAAUUGUUUGUAGUAACAAUUUUUAGAAGAUGGGGUUUGGAAAUAAGAAUGUAAUUAAAGCAGGAAGUUUGAAAGUUGGUAAGUCAAAGGAUGAUGUUACAAAGAAAAAGAGAAGAUGUUGCUUUAGAUUCAGUUUUAUUAGAUGCUGUAUACCUUCAAGAUCAAAAUUUGAUAGCUCAAUAUGUUGCAAUGGCACUACUAAUACAAAAAUUGGUGAUAAAGAUAAUACUAAGUCGGUAAUAAUUCAAUCAGAGGAAAAUAAAUCUGCAUCUGAAACAAACACAAAGGAAUCAAAUGGUCUUGUAGAUUCUUCUACAACAACUAGUAAUGGAGAAAGUAUAUCUUCAACUUCGAAAUUCAGUGAGGAAUUAAAGGUUGCUUCUUGUUUAAGAAAAUUCACAUUCAAUGGACUUAAGGUAGCAACUAGGAAUUUCAGACCAGAGAGUCUUCUAGGUGAAGGAGGGUUUGGUUGUGUCUUCAAAGGUUGGAUUGAAGAGAAUGGAACUGCUCCUGUGAAACCGGGUACCGGACUUACGGUUGCUGUCAAGAUCCUUAACCACAAUGGACAUCAAGGUCACAAAGAAUGGCUUGCUGAAUUAAACUAUCUCGGCGAUCUUGUACAUCCUAAUCUCGUUAAGUUGAUAGGUUUCUGUAUUGAAGAUGACCAAAGAUUAUUGGUUUACGAGUUUAUGCCGCGAGGAAGUUUGGAGAAUCACCUCUUCAGAAGGCCCUUGCCUCUACCUUGGUCUAUCAGAAUGAAAAUUGCACUUGGUGCUGCUAAAGGUCUUGCUUUUCUCCACGAAGGAGCUCAAAGGCCCGUGAUAUAUCGUGAUUUCAAGACAUCUAAUAUUCUAUUAGAUGCGGAAUACAAUGCGAAGCUUUCUGAUUUUGGACUUGCCAAAGAUGCUCCUGAGGGGGAAAAAACACAUGUAUCAACAAGAGUUAUGGGAACGUACGGUUAUGCUGCUCCGGAAUAUGUGAUGACGGGACAUUUAUCAUCGAAAAGUGAUGUCUACAGCUUUGGAGUAGUACUACUCGAAAUGCUCACCGGUCGACGAGCUAUUGACAAGAAAAGACCAAAAGGAGAGCAUAAUCUGGUGGAGUGGGCUAGACCGGUACUUGGAGACAGGAGGUCGUUCUACCGAAUAAUCGAUCCCCGUCUUGAAGGUCACUUUUCAGUUAAAGGAUCACAGAAAGCAGCCCAGCUGGCUUCUCAGUGCCUUAGCCGCGACCCAAAAUCUAGACCUUUGAUGAGCGAAAUAGUUCAAGCUUUAAAGCCUUUGCCAAACCUUAAGGAUAUGGCCAUAUCAUCUCAUCAAUUCAAGAUUGCGCGUGUUGAUCGGACCAUGUCCAUGCCGAAUUCUAAAAACGGUAUUAGAACUGAUAUAGUAUCUUUACCAAAGGGUCAGCCGAAAAGGACCUUGUCGAGUUCACAUUAUGGACAUGCUUCUCCGUUUCCGCGUCAUAGCAAGUCUCCAAAACCUAUUGCGUAAGAACGUUGUUCAGUAACUUCAAUUCACUAUCCUAUUCAUUCAGUUCACUCAAAUUAGGCCAUCAUUUCAACAUCAACUGUUUUUUAUCUGGAGAAUUUCUCUGAAACCUAACGGACUCUAAAGAUUGAAGGUGUGUCAAUGUAUGAUUCCAACACGACAUCAAUACAUUUAAUUGCAUUUAAUCACUUUUAUUUUUUCAAAUUAUUACCGUUGUUUGUGUCAGUUAAUAGUAUCUUAAGUACUGGAUUGAUAGAAUGGAAAGAGUAAACUGUCAUGUAUAUUUAGCUUUCAAAUGAGAAAAUGUUAUUCUCUGAA